AUGGAUGGCUUCUCAAGCUUCUUUGGCCAGCCUUAUCCGGGGCCGGAUCCACAAGAGACCAUGGACGGUUACACGCAGGACGACACGAUGAGCGGCAUCGAUCCCAGUGGCAUGGAAACUUCAGCUUUGGGCCAGGCGCAGACUCUGCAACAGAUCAUCAGUCAAAACAACGACGAACUAAUGCGCCGAAGGAACACUUUCCAGUCCCAGUAUCGAUCGGGCUCACACGACCACGGUCGCAGAGCCUCGAUGCUCGAGUUUUCUUCGGCCAUGGACAGCGACUUGGCCAAUUUUCAGUUCGAUCCAAACCCCCACGAACCCGGCCUGACCAUAGGCCCGCCCAGUAUCAUGCCAGUGCCGAAAUCCCUUGACCCGCGACGAGUCCGUUCGCGGGAAGACUUGUCCUUGAAUACCCGUUUCUCUCAAAUGAAUACCAAUUUCGACCAGAUGCCGCCCGUCAACUUCUCUCCGGUUAUGGCGCCGAGCACCUCCGUCUCCCUCGAACCAUCCACCGCAUACAUCGCGCCAAAUAUGGAUAUGGCGAUGGAUUUUGACCACCUAGCGGGAAGCUCAAGGACUCCAGCCAUGCAAUCGGGACCGAUGCAGGAGGCCAUCUAUUCAGCGUCCCCAAUAGAGCAAAGCUUCUCGAUUCCUUAUCAACCCGUCAACCAUGAUCCCGGCGGCGGUUCGAUGAGCCCCCCCGGUCCAAAUUCCAUGGCUACUAUAGUCCCAGCCAUGUCCUCAAUGCCCGAAGGUUUCCCAGGGACUUCUCAGCAACUCCGAAGGCAAACCCCCAUUACCGCUAUUGCACCAGCUCCUCUCUCCGCAAUGGCUUCCCCCAUCCACAUACAGGACUCUCCGAACAGAAGACGAUCCGUAGAUGUUCCAAUAGCUUUUCCCUCGAAAGGUACCGUGACCUUGAAAAGCCGCGCAUUGGCUGUCCCCCAUACUGAUGCGCUUCCAUUAGAUGUUAGUGCCUCCUUAAGGAUGAUGAACCCUCCGGCUCUGCCUCACAUGCCGCUAGUGCAAGGUGGGCAGCUUCAGCAUCCCAAGUUCGCCAACGCCUAUUCUUCCAGCGGGUUUGAUAUGCUUGGAGUUCUUAUGCGAGUUGCCACGAGACCAAGACCCGAAAUUAACAUUGGCCCCGUUGACUUAUCCUGUGCAUUUGUUGUUUGCGACAUUGAGAAAUUUGAUCUACCCAUCGUUUAUUGUUCAGAAAUGUUCGAGCGUCUGACAGGAUAUACGAAACAUGAAAUCCUCGGUCGAAACUGCCGCUUUCUCCAGGCGCCCGAUGGAAUAGUGCAGUCGGGAGUGAAGCGGAAAUACGUCGAUGACAGCUCGGUUCUCUAUCUGAAGAACCAAAUCUCAAGAAGGGCGGAAGCACAAUUGAGUCUGAUCAAUUAUCGAAAAGGCGGACAACCAUUCAUGAACCUCCUUACCAUGAUCCCCAUCCGAUUUGACUCUGAAGAUUAUAAGUUUUACGUUGGUUUCCAGGUCGAUCUUGUCGAGCAGCCAAGCUCCGUGUCCGGGAAGAACCCAGACGGAACUUAUGAGAUCAACUACAAUCGAAGCUCGCUGCCGGCUUACCAUCUUCCCACUCCACCUGAUCCAACUCAGGCGCUGCACGACAUAGGCCAGACUGUGUCUCCGGACGAAGUGUCCAGGCUUUUGGUCACUCUCGGGCGUGGCGAAUCGGAGGUGUCAAAACGCGUCUGGGACAAGGUCCUGCUGGAAAACAACGACGAUGUUGUGCAUGUCCUUUCCCUAAAAGGACUGUUCCUUUACGUAUCUCCUGCAAGCCGAAGAGUCCUAGAGUACGAUCCCAGUGAACUUGUCGGCGUAGGCUUAUCCUCGAUCUGCCACCCUAGUGACAUUGUACCGGUUACCCGAGAGCUGAAGGACACCCCCCCUGGGGAGCCCGUGAGCGUGGUCUAUCGGAUCCGCAGGAAAUUCAGUGGGUACACGUGGUUUGAGGCCCACGGGACUCUAUACAUCGAACAGGGCAAGGGCAGGAAAUUUAUCAUUCUUGCAGGACGAGAGAGACCGGUCUAUGCCUUGGAUCGAUCCGAGCUCUCGACAGAUGGCAAUCUCGGCGAGAGCGAGUUAUGGUCCAAGAUCUCAACAUCGGGGAUGCUUUUGCAUGUGUCUUCUACCUCUCGAGUCAUGCUCGACCGGCUUCCUGAAGACCUUGUCGGGACAAGUUUACAGGCUUUGAUGAGACCGGAUUCCAAAAAGGAGUUCCUACGUAUGCUUGAAGUCGCACGAACUGGCGAGAAGGUCACAUUCAGGCAUGACCUUCAGAAUCGGAGAGGCCAGGUCCUUCACGCACAAACGACAAUCUAUCCCGGCGAUGCUCGGCUUGGUUUCAAGCCCACCUUCCUGCUUGCGCAGACUCGCCUCCUAAAGAUGACGCGUGCUGCACUCUUGAGUCAGAAGUCGGCGUCGGCGACACCAUCAAGGGGUGACCGAGCGUCGGCGGGGUCUGGAACUCCAGCAUCACGUCUGGACGGGUCUGUCAGGAGUCUCGCGGAACAUCCCGGCCCGCUUUCGCAGGCAGGCAACCACGUCCUGAGUCUAGGCAACCAAGACGAGGCCCUGGCCUCGGAGAACAACAUCUUCGAUGAGCUGAAAACUACCCGGAGUUCCAGUUGGCAGUUUGAACUGAGGCAGAUGGAGCGUCAAAAUCGGUUGUUGGCUGAGGAGCUUCAAGCAUUGCUGAGUCGCAAAAAGAAGCGAAAGAGGAGAAAAGGGCUUGGCCAGAUCGAAAAGGAUUGUGCCAACUGCCACACUCGAGUCACACCAGAAUGGAGACGAGGCCCAAGUGGCAACCGUGAUUUGUGUAACAGCUGUGGUCUGCGGUGGGCCAAACAGAACGGACGAGUAUCACCUCGCAAACCUCUAAAUCAAAGUGACAAAGGCUCAAAAUCGCCAGCUCAGCUCAAAGUAGUCAACAAGCCCGAGCCAAAGAAUGGCGAAAUAUCUGAGACAAUUAAUGGUGGCGCUGACCAACUGGCUGGGGCUACUUCAGGAGCGGGCAGGCAGGGAGACGCAUGGAGAACUGUGAUGCCACCAAAGAUCGAGGAAGACGAAGAACCUCCUCACCCGAGCAUAUUGCCAACAUGA